AUCAACCACGAGGCCACCGUUGUUCGACGAAACCAACUAUUCCUAAUGGAAGGAAAGGAUGAGGAUUUUCAUCCAAUCCAACGACUACAAACUGUGGUUGAUAGUCAAGAACGGGUGUGGAGUCCCGAUGAAGAAAGUCGGUGAGGUCAACGUCCCCAAAACCGAAGAGGAGUUCACUGACAAAGAUUGCAAAAAGAUGGAGCUCAAUGCAAAGACAAUAAACAUGAUUUAUUACGGUGUUAAUGCGGAUGACUACCGCAAAAUCUCGCGGUGUGAAACCGCAAAACAAAUGUGGGAAAAAUUGGAGGUCACCUACGAAGGAACCGCGCAGGUUCGGGAGCCUAAAAUUGACCACCUCACUCACGAGUAUGAACUCUUCUCAAUGAAGGAAAAUGAGAAGAUUGAGGAAAUGUUUGAGAAGUUCUCUAACAUCAUAAAUCCUCUCAAUCUUCUCGGGAAAACAUACACCAACCGAGAGCUUGUGAGAAAGGUGCUGCGAAGCCUAUCCCCCAAAUGGCAUUCAAAGGUGGACGCAAUCGAAGAAGGUCGUGACUUCCAAACAACGACCUAUGAUGCUCUUCGAGAUGAUGACAGCGACAACUCCAACCUCGAACUCUUUGUCCGAAAAUUCAAGAAGAUGAUGCUCAAGAAGGGAGCCAAGGAGAACACUCCACCCAAGUGCUAUGGGUGUGGUGAAAUUGGAUACAUCAAACCAAUGUGUAUGAAGCUCAAGAACGAGAAGGACAAGAGGGCACCGAAGAAGCAACGUGCCUACAUUUGUUGGGAGAACGACGGCUCCGGGAGUGAAGACUCGGAAAUGGAGGAAGUGGCCAACUUAUGUCUCAUGGCCAUUGAAGAUGGAGAAACAUUAAAAGAGGUAAGUGAUCAAGAACCUUCUCCCAAUGAUCCUUGAACUCUUAAUGAUGUAGUUUGUAUUGUAAAGGAAUUAGUAGGAAUGUUCAAAAAGGCUUCCAAAGAAAAUAAUGAAGUAAAGCAAAAAAUCCUGA